UAAGUUAGCACCGUUUCCUCUUUCGCGUACAGAUGCAGCUCUUCUUUAGGACGCAGCUUCGGAGGAAUCGUCCCUUAACCUGAGAAAGAAAACGAAAUAUGCACUUUACAAAAUAACGUGUGUGUGUGUGUGUGUUUGUGUGUGUGUUACCUGCACUGGCUUGUGUUCACUUUUAGAGACUGACAUUACAUUUCUGGGUGCUGGGUCGUGAAGUUUGUGCAAUACCGCUUCAAUGGAUCCCUUCAAGAGUGUGUUGAGUGUAUGACAGACAAGGAAGAGGGUGAAAUGGUGUGUGUCUACUUGACAGCGAUGUGUCUGCAGUAGCAUAUGUGUGUGUCUGUGUGUGUGUGAGAUGUCUGGAGACACCAGCACGCUGUCCUGGAGGAGCAUGUCUCCCACCAGCCAAUCAGAAUCCUCGGAUAUGUCUCCAUCGACCAUUUUCACCAAGGACAAUAUCUUCAGGGUGAAGAUCAUCAAAGUGUGUUUCCUUAGCAACAGCUCAAACCUGGGCAAAAGCUUCAAACUGGUCCGAUGUGAGGAGGGAUGGACCGUCAAGGAUGUAGUGAAUGUGGUGCUGUCCAGCGGCUGCGUGGGUCCGGAUAUAUCCUUCUGCUCCUGUUUCUGCCUCCUCCUCAAACACCUGAAGUCCUCCGAGAAACACUGGCUGCACACGGACCUCACCAUGUCUGAACUCACGCUGCGCUACGAGCAGCAGCACCUCGAGGCUGAGUGGAGAUAUGAUCUGAGGAUCAGAUACAUCCCGUCUGACUUCAUGGAGAAAUUCAAAGAUGACAGAACCACGAUGCUCUACUUUUACCAGCAGGUGAGAAAUGACUACAUGCAGCAGUACGCCUCAAAAGUCAGCGAUGGGAUGGCUCUACAGCUCGGCUGUCUGGAAAUAAGGAGAUUCUUCAAAGACAUUAAUCCGAACGGACUGGAGAAAAAGUCCAACUUUGAACAAUUAGAGAAGGAGGUUGGUCUGCACCUGUUCUUCCCCAGAGAGCUGAUCAACAGCAUGAAGCCUAAGCAGCUGCGUCGCCUGGUCCAGCAGACGUUUCAGGGUUACUCCACCCUGAAGCAGGACCAGUGCAUGACUCGCUUCUUCACCACUCUGGCUCAGUGCUACAGCUACACACAGGAGAGCUUCGCCUGCCAGCUGGUGCAUGGCUGGAGUCUAACGAUAGAGCUGGUCAUCGGCCCUGAAGGCAUCAGCCAGCAGACUGAGAACUCCACGCCCUCGAUGUGCGACUGCCACUCCUCCAGGAUCUCCAUCUUCUCCAUCUGCCUCUUGGCCUCGUUGAUGUUGGAGCACACGGCCUUCAUCACCUGCAGAGACUCCUGCACCGGAGGGAAGUCGCUGUGCUUCUUCGGGGUGUUGUUCUGUAACAUCGAGGAGAUCCUGGCGCUGCACAGAGACUUCCUGUCCAUGGUGGAGGGUUCGAUGCUGCCCGAACCCAACGCCAUGCACGAGGUCGGACGCUGCUUCCUGCACUUCAGGAGUGUUUUCCAGAUCUACGAUGAGUACUGUGGGAACCAUGAAAAGGCCCAGAGGCUUCUGCUGGAGCUCAAUAAGAUCCGGAGCGUCCGCACAUGUUUACUGAACUGCAUGCUGCUGGGGGGCAGGAAGAACACGGAGGUUCCUCUGGAGGGUUACCUGGUGGCGCCCAUCCAGAGGAUCUGCAAAUACCCCCUGCUGCUCAGAGGGAAGCAGUACCUCUUUGAUUCAACUCCAGGAGCCGAGCACCUCUGGGUUCCACAGUGGCAGAUGAUGUAUGAAGUGGCUGCUCUGUUUAUGUGUGAACAGUAA